AUGAAAUUCACAGUCGCCACCGUCGUCUCCCUCCUCGCAGGCAGCGCAAUUGCCGCGCCUACAGAGAUGAAGGCCAACAAGGCAAUCGACAUGUCCGCAGGCGCCUCUCCCGUUGCCAACAUGCGUCUGGCCGACAUGUUCAGCAAGCGCCAGAUGGCCGUGCUCAAGGUCCUCUCGGAGCACCAGCAGGAGCUGGGCAUGAGCCAGGCGGAGAAGGACAUGCUGGAUGCCUUUAUGGCUGCGCUCCAUGACGAGGCUGCUGUUAAUGUCAAGAGACAAGAGCCACUUCCGGUUCCAGUUUCUACUCCGACUUCCGUCCCGGCUGCGGUUACGGCUCUUACUCCUGCCGUUAAUGCCACUCUUCUGGGCAGCCUUGGAAGUGCUUUGGACGGGGUCAAACCUGAUGAUGCUGGAGCUCCGACUGACGUCGUCGGCGCGGUUGGAGAUGCUGCGUCUGGCGCUGCUGAUACUGCUGUCGAUUCGGCCACGGAUGUGCUCAGCAUCUUGAAGAAUAUCCCGGGCUUGGCGGGUCUGCUGGGAAAUGCGACGGGUGCUCUUGGGGGAGCUACCGCUGGGCUGGGAUCUGCGACUUCUGGGCUUUCUGGACUUACUGGCGGCCUUGGAGGAUUGACUGGAGGAUUGGGAGGACUGACUGGAGGAUUGGGGGGUUUGACGGGUGGUCUUGGAGGACUGCUUGGCGGUGCUCGCAGGGGCGGCCUUUUGGGCGGCAUUCUCAUCCCAGGCAUUUUGUAAGAUCAUUGUCUUUUUUUGGUGGUUGACGGACAAGGAAAGAAGAUUUUGCGCUAGAGUAUGCAGGGAAGAGAGAAAAGGGAAUGGGUUUACGAGGUGGAGGGAUGUUAAUGAGAGUAAUCUGGACUAAUAUAGGAUAAUGGCACUAUCUUGGGUUUGUU